UGAUGAACUCACUGUGCGGCACCCGAUUGGCUGAACAGACUGUCCAUCAUCAACGAUGAGGUCACUUCCUGCCCUUACCAAGAUGGCGGUGGAUGAGCGCCGCCACGGUUUGUGUCUUCUUCAGGCUUGUGUUAGAGGUUAUUUGGUGAGAAAAAGCUUCCAGCGUUUACGCCAAGACUAUGAAAAUAUUGUAAAAGAAAUCGAGGGAGGCGUGCACUUGUUGGAGUGGGAUGGCAAGGCGUUACCAAGGCCUAAAUUUGAGGAGCAGGUACCUUUCACUGGACAGCGAAAUGCAAAAAGAAAAGGCAUGAGCAGUGUCAUUGAGAGGACAGCAUGUGAAACAUUUUGCCCUGAAGGUGAAAAAGAUGGAAUUUGUGGACUAUUUGAGGGCGAUGAACCAGAAAAAGAUGAUUGUGAAAUCAGAACGUCCUCAAUCACAGGAAAUUUUCCUGCAUUGGCUGAGCACCUGGAUGUUCCUGGAAUUUUGACUGGAGCUCCUACGACAUGGGGACAUGCAUCCGAUAAAAUUGAAGGUGUUAUUCAACCUUUAGAAAUGGAAAAAGCGUCCCCUUCAAGUGGUGAUGAGAGGAAAGAAUCUGAUACUACACUGAACUUUACUGAUGUAACAUCAGUUUGGAACAGUACAGUAUUGGAGGAUUCAACCAUCGGUCUCAGUACAGAAUCGUUGCGCAAAUUGCAAAAUAAGGAAAUGCCAACAACACUAGAAGGGAUACAGAAGUACAGAAGCAGCCUCGCAAUGGAACUCUUGUGGCUGCAACAGGCUAUUGCUAGUCGUAAAAAUUAUUUGAUACUGAAGCAACGAUUGAGAACUCCAGAAUGAAAAUGUGGUUUCAGAAUUGGCAGAACCACAAGAAGCUGAUCCAAACAAAUCAUGGAGAAGUUCUUCAUUGGAAGUUACCUAAAUACAGGAGAAAUGAUAUCACAGAUUAAAUCUGUAUGUGGUAAAUGCAGUGAAGUGGAACCUGGUGGAAACUGUUUAUAGAGAAUAUGAGGUUAAAAGAAUGCUAACAGUUAACAUAAUGCAUUCCUUGAAGCAAUACUGCAGUUUGUUUGUUCCAGGAUAAGGUCCUGUCAUACUUCUGUUCAGCUUUUAGCCAUAAUUUAUUUCAGAAAGUAGUAAACCUUUCAUAUUUAAUAUGCCAGUUUAUUUACUUGUGUCUGGCGUCCUGGCCAGUGGACAGUGCAACUCUCGCUAAUGUUGGCAUCUAGCAAGAUGCUGCUAAUCAGUUCCAUCCUUUGUCAAUUUGUCGGGAUGUGCUUUAGCUAUUUGGCUCUAGUGGGAAAAGGAAGUACCUGCUGAUCAUUUGAGUUGUCUUUUUGUAUUUUCUCUUAUUGUGCUUAAGUCUCUACAUUCUUAAGAAAUAAACAGAGCCUGAAUGUUUCCUGGACUUUUCCAUCAAAAUGACCAUUUAUCAAAAUGUGCACUUUUGUGAUGUAAUAUGUUCAUUCACUUUAAAAUACUGUCUGAUGGUUUCUUAUGCAAUCUGUUAUAAAUUUGUAACAUUAUGGAAUUAUUUCAGAAUUGUGCACUUUACAACGUAAUCUGAAAGUUAAUCAAAUUUAGUGCAAAAAUAUACUGAUUUUAAGUUCUCAUUUUCUGUUCAGACCCCCACAGAUGGAUUAUUUUUAAAAUAUGCCAAAGUUUUAUCAUAAGUCAUCAUUUUUUAAAACAGAAUAAAAAUGAAACUUACACUCAGAUCACAGCAUUUCGUUGGCUCUAACAUUUGGUACCUGAUUCACCAGCCCAUAAAUUUUGCAGUUGGUGAAGCAGCUGAACAAUCAUUUACAAUUAAAAUGUUUGGAGUGUUUGUUCCCAGCACGCUCGUUCUGUGGGAAUCAAUCCCUGUUCAUAGUAUUUCCUGAAGGGAAACACUCCAUUUAAUGUUCAAUCAGAGUUACGUAUCUCAGAAAGCAGGAAGCUGGAUCGAUUCCUCAAACUCUUCUUGUUUGACUCUGUAAUACUGCCACUCCUGGCUGUUACCAUGUAGAUAAUUACUGUUUAUAAGAUGAUAGUUCAUUGAGGGCAGGACUCAAAGCAGCUUUUAAUAUUGUUGCGAAGUUGGCUAGAGUGUUUGUGGUCUAGGAGGCAGGAAGUUAGAAUUUGGUGUUUGUAAAAUGCUAGAGGGGAAAGCAUUGCAUGGUCCCUUUAAAAGCUGAUGUGCUUUUAAUAUGCUUAGAGAUUUAAAAAAAAUGUCUGUGGGCAGCUUGAAGGUCUGUGAGUACAGAGAGCACUCAAAUUGAAACAUUUGUAUGAAAAGGCCAUACAGUUAGCAGACCAAGCAGCAGUUUUGUUUUGCUAUCAAGACAAGAUUUGAAUUUAGCCAAUCAAUUUGAACCAGGCACUUAGAUACCAAAAACCAAUUAAAUUUAAAUCUGAUGGUUUUAACAACAUAGGACCAAUCCUAUUGUAAGAAAUAUUGAUAUGUCAUCAAGGGCAUAAAAGAAGGGGCAUUUGGGCAAAGACUGGAGAGCAAAUUACCAUCUGCCAGAGUUAACAGCUCUCAGCUCUCAAGAGAGAAUUGCUGGCUCUCACAGUCUUCUCUAAGUUUUAGAGAAAGCACCAUCUAAAUUGAAGGUACUUACAGCACAACUAGUUAAUAUUCCUUACAGAGCAUUUGACGGAGAAAGCGUUCCUGACAGAACGUUCAACGGAGAAGGCACAGAACAUUCCGGAAGACAUGUAACCUGGCUGUAAUUUGGAGAGACACUAAAUUCUAUUUUCUUUUACAUAAGUGGGACUUUUAUUUAUUGGAACAGCAUAUUAUUAGAAUCUUGUUUUAUUUGGGAAUAGUUAGUUAGAAGGGGUUUAUUCAAUUUGUUAAUAAUUUAGUUAAUUUGUUCACAGUUAGAGUUAGAUAAAUAAAUUGUAACUUGUUGAUUGGAAAAGUGGGUGUCGGGUUUAUUUAAUCACUACAAGUUGCUAAAAGGCAAGCUAUACCACUUUUCACACUCCUUUUUUCACAGAUUAUAGGGCGAGGCGCUCCUCUUUGAUGAAUAAAACAAAAACACCCAGGGGGGCGUGUGGUCAAGCUCCGCUUUAUAACAAUAUAGUUAUUUAGGGUCUGUGAAAAUGAUAGAACAACAAUCUUCAGCACAAAGCAAAGGCAGCUGAAAAAGUUAUGAGCCAGUUUUCCUUUCAAGGCUCAGGAGGUACAAACAUAUCAGUGGCAGCACUAUAUUGGUUGGGUCCAACUCUCAUCUUUUGCUAUGUGCCGCUUAUUGGUGGUGUCCAUAAAUGUUGUCCGUAAAUUGCAGUUCAUCAGCUCUGUCACAAUACUCAACCUGCUAUCAUUGCAUCUGUGAUUGUUCAUACAUCCAAAUAUAUAUAAAUGUAAAUAAAGAACAAACAUAGCUGGAUUUAGAGAUGCACUUACAUUUUAAUUUUGCAAUAAAAGCCCUGUGAAACUGUA